AUGACUCCCACACUAAUCCAAAAUUCCCAAUCCACACACCGUAUUCAUACUAUUCCCAAUAAAUCCAGUGUCAUAAACUUAUCAUCAAGAAAAAUCACCCCACAAGAGGAGAAAAUCCUUAAAUUGGGUCUAAACUAUGCCAUCCCCACAAAACACCACCAACAAUCACUCGUUGAAGCUGGUAUCAACAUCGAGCUGUGUCUUAAAGAUUUCGACGUCACUGAACAUGUGAAAAAUAAGAUUCGAUCUGAUAUUGCUGCCAUCAUAAAAUCAGAACGAAACAAAGAAGAUCCAAAAAGAAAAAACUAUGCAUGGAUUUCUCAACAAACCAAAUCCAUAAAAAGUGACCCUUCAAUUGUGAUCUGCCCUGCUGACAAAGGAAAUGCGACCGUCAUCCUUAAUAAAGUCGAUUACAACUCUAAAAUUGAAACCCUCUUGUGCGAUCCUAUAUAUGAAACUUUAUCAGGUGAUCGCACUUCAGCUCUAUCAAAUGAACUCAAAGAUACUUGGAAAAGUCUGCUCAAACUCAAAAGGAUAUGA